CUUUCAUAACAACGGCACUUCGCGACAAUCAUCAUCUCUUUCUGAUCGUCGUUUCUUCUGGUCAGCUUCUUCGACAACACCUGUGGACGCGGGCACACCCUCCAGGGAUCUGCCCGAACGAAACAUCCGGACCGUCGACCGACACACGAGGCUGCAAGGGAUCCCAUUAAACGCCGUUCUAGGCCUUUUCCGACUCGCGCACGUGUUACACCUAUUCCAAGACGCUUGACCUUUUUUUGCGUUCAGACCACAACAAUUGAUCUUGGUCUGCUCCAUUUCUCUUUUCGCAGGACUGGACCUGCAGACUGGACAUGCGACGGCAGCACGGCGUAUGGAAUCCAGUGCGAUGACAACGGCCACAUGUGCCUUCUCGUCCCGCAGCUCAACUACUUCUCCACUCGCUGCUGUGCAGCCAACAUGGCGCGGUCGGCAUCAGGAACCGGUCAGGAAUGGAUUCAAUCUGGCACAUUGUAACACACAACGAGCUUCAACGAUCCGACAAAGACGGCAGCAAUCACGAAGCCCUUAUCGAAUACCAGGAAAAGCAAAUCUCGUACAGAAAUUUACCGUCUCGUUACUUUUCUGUUUACUCUUGCUAUGUCGCGCAUCUCAUGCCCAUCAACUACUGGGCCAGGACGACAUUCUUCCAAAGGAGCUGCUCUACGACCGAAGAGCACCGCCACCGCCACCUCGGAUGCAUCUCGAGGUGAGAGAUGAGGCAUCCGUGCUAGCAUCGACCACCAUCCGACCCAGUGGCUCUGCUACGGCUACUGGCGAUAUACAAGUGGCGACGGAGACUGCAACGACAUUGCCCAGACCAUUCGAUUCGAACUUGGGCAACAACUUCACAACAAGCACCUGCCCCACUUUCUUUGAGCGUUUUCUAAACGACCAAGCUUUCGCAUCUUGUUUACCUCUAUCAUUACUUCUCCAGACAUCCAGUGGCUUCUUCACAGCUUCACGAUCUCUCGUACGACUCACGACCAUUCUCGACAGCACAUGUAACGUCGAUUUUCCAACAUGCUCGGCCUUGAUGGCCAGCUAUGCCCAACAAGUCAAGCAGACCGCCAAUUGCGGCUCUGACCUCGCCAUGGGCAACCCGAGUGUCGUGCAAGCAUACAAUGGCUUCCUAGCUUACGACACCUUGUACCACGCCGGAUGCCUCAACGAUGACAGUGGACGUUACUGUUACGCCAACGCCGUCACCAAUUCAUCAUCCCCGACGAGCAGCUACAUUUACUACCUUCCCCUUGGCGUUCAACUACCCGGAGGUUCACGGCCCGCUUGCACAACGUGUCUCCAGAACACCAUGGCCAUUUUCGCUCAGACAGCGAGCAACCAUACUCAACCUCUCAACGGGGAUUACCAUUCUGCUGCGUCACAGAUUCAGAUGAACUGUGGACCUACUUUUGUUCAAGCCACGGUACAGAAUUCUGGCUCCGGAUCAAUGCAGUCCACACUGCAGCCUCUGGCAUUCCUCGUCACUAUUUUGACUUUGUUGUUGAGCUUUGUUGGAUAAAAAGCAAAGCGGCGGAUCGAGCGGAGACGAAACAAAGUUGAGCGGAGAAGAUCAAGCGCUGAUCUUCCACUGACAAGGGGGAGUGAGAAUCGAGAUGCAUUUGCAUGGUAUGGUACAUGGCAACGACAGACGACUCUUCUACUUUCCAUUUCGACCACCGAAAAAUUGGAUUUUGAUAUUUAGCGCGGCGUACUGGAUCAGAAAGACUCUUCUUCGGCGGAACCGAUACUUUCAAUCAUAUUUAUUGCAUCUAGUGUAAAAAGCGACAGCGCACCGAGACAGAUAGGAAAACGAGAGAGAGAGAGAGAGAGACGAAGGCAGCAGAGGAUUUGUGUGGAUGACAACGGAACACUGCUGUUUCCAAAUUUUUGCAUAUGUGUGCUUACUUGUUCACAUCAUUCUAGCAACGGCAUGACUACUUUCAUAUAGAUCAUAUGAAGUAUUAAUAAUAAGUAUUACUAUCUAUUGAUAACGAAG